CAAACAUUGCAGCUUUGUCUAACUUCCUUCUAUUCGUUUGAAAUAAAAUUGAUUUGAUGCUAAUACUGAUAUGAAGACGAUUGAGUUAUCUGUACCUUUGCUUGUUAUGUAUAUUGUUAUUUUAGAUACUGCAGGAGAGCCUUGUUCUACAGCUUACAAUUUACCAGUUGUCAAUAUAUGCACAGACGACACUACAAUCCAGGAUGCUAGCAAUACAGUUAUAAUAAAAGCUGAUUUAAGACAAAACUGUACAUGUAAACUAUCUGUAAUCAAUCAAGAUAAAGCAGUUAUAGUAAAUUUUCAAAGAUAUAAUCAGGAGACUAGUUCUAGUCCGUCACACUACGGUUGUGGUUUGAUACUGACGUUUGGUAGUAUCGAAAGUAUUUGGGAGGCUCAAUGCAUAGUUGAUGAUAGUAUUUUUUUAUAUACAUUAGCAAUCAAUGGUGAAAUGACAAUUAGGUCAUUGACUGUAAAUGGAACGUUGAAAAAAAAUGAAGGAUAUUGUAUUGAAAUAAGAAACGUAGUACAUGAUGAUUCAUUGGGAAACAAACUCAACUUAACGUGUGGUAUUGGCAGCACUACUGCAUAUUCAACCACAGCUGCAAUUGCAAAAACAACAAGAUCGUCGACUGAUGUAACAAAUCAACUACCAUUGAUGACAACAAGAAGGACAGAACACCAAUUAACAACAUCACUUGAAUCUGAUGAAUUUAUCUCUGCAACUGUUACAAGUACAGAUGUUCCUCAGAACACAAAACUUACAAAUCAACAACAAAAAGAUAAAGGUAUUGAUGAUACAGCAUUAUACGUAUUGAUAUCAGUAACAGUGUUCGGAGUUGCUACAGUACUCAUCGUAACAAUAAUAGUUUUAUAUUAUAGAAGGUUCCGAAUAUUGACGCAGUGUAGGAACAGGACAUGUUCAGGAUCAAAUACCGUUUAUGAUACACUGAGUUUACCUUCAUCAGUAAAUGGAGCAGACAAUACCAGUAUUAGUAAUAAUUAUAGUUCUUUAAACAUAAAUGAUUCUCUGUAUUCAUGUGAUAAUAGAAGAUUAGAUGGAACGCAAAACAUUCCAUUAUUUACAAUCAGUACAGUGCAGGGAAACAGCACAAAUGUCUCGGAAAAUGAAAGGAAUUACGAAAAUACAAAUAAAAGUAGAAGCGAAUACGCAAACCUCGUUUUGUAGAAACAAUAGGAUAUUCUUUAUUAUUACGGCCUCAAAAAGUCUAAUAAAAUAUUCAUAAAGAAUGAACAUUGUAGUAUCUGCUAUUUAUAAAAUGAUUUGCAAUAUAUGAACGUGUUUCCUCUAUCACCAAUCAACUUAUAUAAAACAAUUUACGACAAUUGGUAACAGAAUCUUGCCCAUCUGACAAUAAUCAAUAAGUAAUGCAGCCAAAGGAUAUAAAAUGAAUUUAAGAUGUUUUCGUUUCUGAUAAGAAGUGGGAAGAAGACACGGAUACACUUAUAAAGAAAUUAGACACCGCCGUGAUAUGUAAAUGCCAUUGCAGAGAAUACAAACAGACUUCUAUGCUUGUUAGAAAAAAACCUGAUUAGAUAUAACAACGUUGAUUCCAACAAAAAGACAAUUAAACUUGUAAUCCGAUUGCACGGAAUUGAGCCACCUUCUAUGGUAUUUGACCAAUAGUCGACAAACUGGUAGACUUACAGAAAUAAUUGUCCUACUUACGUAAUUGCAGUCACAAUUUGAAUGAACUACUUUGAUAUUAUGAUUUACUUAUGAUUAUGAUGAACUUUUGGAACAACAUGCAGAAUAAAUCGCAAAA